CAAGCAAUUUAAACUCUGAAGAGCAUAUAAAGCCGCACAGUUUCACGGACAGCUAAGAGUGAACAGCUGCUUCUGGCCCAGCAAAAACAAAAAUGUUUCAAGUGAUGUCUGUUUUCUGUAUUCUGCUGUGUGCUGCUUUUCUUGGUGCAUCUGCUUCAUCUGAAAAAGAUGAUUUUUGCCCCAUCCCGUUUUUUGAAAAUGGAAUGGUGACACCAGAAGUGGGAUCUUCUUACUCGUAUGGCAUCUCAGCCAUAUUUUCUUGUAAUGAUUUUUAUAUUCUUGAAGGACCCACAACAGCUACCUGCGAGAUAGACAGAACAUGGCAGCCUUCCCCUCCUGUCUGUGUCCUUGAUCCUUGUCAAGUUAGCGGCAUCUUAAAUAAAAUGCGUUGUGCUAAAAGGAAGUUUGUCAAAUGGGUUAAAGAAAAAACCUCAGACUUCGACUUCUGAUGGGAGAGCUCAUCUCCUACCACAACAGCACACAGCGCUAUCGUUAAGUUACAGAAGAACAGGAAACAACCAAAUGAAUCAAAUCCUUUUUCCUGUGGCAUCAUGGACAUAUUUUACAAAACUGGUCUCUUUCUCUCUGACCAUCAUAUCCUGCUGUCUACUUCCUUCCUACAUGGUGACCAACUCUGGGGUCACUCAAAGAAGUUGGCACAUCAAACACUGGGGUUUCUUCAUUCUGGUCCUGGAGGCUAAUACUGUCGGUGGUGGUCUUUAUUCCGCAUAUUCCUUAACAGAUACCAAUUCCACCCAGCAAUAAACACCUUUAUGUAAUCAAACUUAUUAUACUGGGAUUUAUACAUUUAGUGUAUUUUAAAUUCUUGAAAUGUAGAAAUAUGUCUAUUGUUACUACACGAUAUAGUGCACAGGAUUCUGUUUUUCUGUUACUUUCCUUCACACUCUUGCAAUGUGCUAAUUUACUGUAAUUUGGUUCUGAAUUAAUUAUCUGAGUAGCAAUUCAUUCUGCAGGGAUUGCUUGUUGUUGUCUUCCAUGAUCUUCACUGUGUGCUCACUAAUAAAUGUCUGCUUACAAAACAGUUACAAGAAAUAAAGGUAAGACGACUGAA